CUGCUAUUGUUUGUCUGUGGCUACAGAAGGAGUAACGAACAUAAGGGUCAAGGGCGUCCCAUGACCCUACGGCUUGUGUUGGACGCCUUCGCGGAAUGAAUGCUACUGGUGGAAGAAAGACUUCCAACAACCUUCAAGUAACCACAACCGCCCACGGGUCCAAUCUUCCUGAAGUAAAUAUCGCGUUACUUGGGGCACUUGGAGUAGGUAAAUCAGCACUGACGGUGAAAUACAUUACCAAAAGGUUCAUUAGUGAGUAUGAUCCUGACUUAGAAGACACAUAUAGCAAAGUUGAAAUAUUUGACCAACAAGAAGUUAUAGUUCGACUGAUGGAUACCUGUGACAAGGAAGGAAAGGAACCGGACAGGUAUCUCAAAUGGGCAGAUGCUUUCCUUGUCGUUUAUAGUAUCACUAGUCGCCCGAGUUUUAAACAUGCACAACAAUACUUGGAUCUGGUUGUUCAAAACCAGAACCAGAGGCACGCAGGAACUGGAAACUCCGAAUGUCCUCUGAUUCUGAUUGGUAAUAAAGUCGAUCUUGAACGAUAUAGGCAAGUAAGUAAACUAGAGGGAGCUUCAUGCGCCAAAAAGUACCAAGCAAUAUUCUUUGAAACAACAGCAGCAGAAGAUUAUCAAGAAGUUGAGAACAUCUUUCAUGAGGUGGCGAGACACAUUCUUCGUGAGCAAGAUCCUUCUUCGGCGUUAAAACCCCUGUACAUAGGAGAUGACAAGGUCGCUUCUACUGCGAAUCGCAACUCCUUGCCACGCAAUCAGAGAUCUCCUACGUCAGCGCUACCCAAUCAGAGAUCACCUACGUCAACGUCACCCAGAAUUACUUUAAUGCCCAAAGAUCGUAGACCAGACGAAAAAAAUUUUGUAAUGGUUGACAGAAAUCCGAAAUUUAAGCUAUUCAAUAAGGGAUUUAAAAUAUUUCAGUCCUAAAAAAACGUAUUACUAGGUAAAGGAACGAGAAGUUUAAUUACAAGUUCAGGACCAAACCGUAAUGGAAAUCUUUAAAUGUUAAAAUGUCUGCAAGCCAGGAUGGAAAUCGGCUUGUCUGGCUAGCUUUUUCAUAACAAUGAAUGUUAUUGUAGAAAGAAAGUCAGCAAACUGUGCCAGAAAUGUUUGACGUCUAUUUUGGUUUCCAGAAACAAUAGAGCACGUUUGUUAGGUACUAUUUUUGUCCUGAUUUAAUGGGAAUAAUGAGUGGUAUUACAUAGAAAUGAAUGAACCCGUGUUUAGCACUAUGAGAGGUGCUGGAUAAUAUUGUUGUGUUUUCGGGAAAGAGAAAACCCAAAAUAAGUUUUCGAGAAUUUUAUACAAAAUAUUUUAUGCGUUAGCCUUAACAUCUUUUUCUAACUCUUCAAUAAAUAACAAACACAAAUAUAAAAGUUACUCAAAAUUAAACUAUUUACGAAAAUCUAUCGAUGUUUUGUGUAUUAUAAUUUCUAUCUCGAACAAAAAACUCAGUCUUCGGGUACAAGAUACAAUAAAAAAAAAUCUAACAAAAAUGACAGAUAGGGGCCGUAAUCAUCUUUAUUCAAUAUCAAAUAAACUAGACGUACAAUAUCUUUCCUAACUUAGGACACAAAAAUCAGUAAAUUUUGAAGAUCAGUUUGUUUAAUAAUGUUAAAUACUAAGCUAUCUUCAAUCAGCAAUAUUUGUAAGAUAUGAAAAUAGCUUGUGAUAAUAUUGUUGUAUAUGA